AGCGCUGCGAAAGAAAUAAAAAAAAAAUGAUGGCGUUGUUUGUUAUUGUUGUUGUCGGUGCGUAUAGGAGAACCUUAAAAAUCUCGUGCUCGUGGUUAUGAUGAUGGACCUGGAGGGAAGCACGGAGAAAUCCGCGGAUUUCACGAACACGGACGAGACGAGUCUCCUGGUGAUCAUAAUGGACUCGAACCCGGCGCAGCGGAUCCUCCGCGAGAAUCCGCACGUUCUCACUCAGUGCGUGGACUCGGUGAUCGCAUUCGCCAAUGCCCACCUGAUGCAGAAGGCGCAAAACAAAUUGGCGGUCAUGGCAUGCCAUUCGAAAUUGAGCGAAUUCAUCUAUCCUGGUCCCGGGAAGCAAUUGGAUGUGAGGCAAAUCGAUGGACAGUAUGAGGUAUUCACAUUGGUGGAGAAGACAAUCAAACAGAAUCUGGCCAAGAUACUGACCUCGGAGACGUCGACAGUGAUCACAGAAUCACUUCUCGCUGGGGCCAUCGCAAUGGCCCUCUGUUACAUACACCGUAUCAAUAGGAUUAAAGCGCCAGGAUUGAAGCUAAAUAGCAGAAUCCUGGUUGUGACAGGGAGCGGCGAUUCGGCAUCGCAAUACAUGAAUUACAUGAACGUGUUCUUCACGGCGCAGAAACAAAAUGUGGUCAUCGACGUGUGCGCUCUGGAUCAGCACCUGAGUCUGCUGCAGCAGGGCUGCGACAUCACCAGCGGCAUGUACCUGAGGGUGCCGCAGAUGCAAGGAUUGUUGCAGUAUCUGCUGUGGGUCUUCCUGCCGGAGCCACCGAUCAGGCAGAAACUUGUCUUACCUCCACCCGUUAAGGUUGAUUAUAGGGCGGCAUGUUUCUGUCAUCGCGAACUCAUCGAUAUUGGCUACGUCUGCUCAGUUUGUUUAUCAAUUUUCUGCAAGUUCAGUCCCAUUUGCACCACCUGCCACACUGUAUUCAAAAUCCCGUCGCUGGGCGUCAAGCCGAAGAAGAAAAAGCUGAAGAUCUAAUCUUUGAUCUCGAUGAUUUCCACGACGUC